AUGUUAUUCUUCUUGAAGUUUGAAUAUUUAUUAUUAAAUAUUUUACUUGUACAACUAAACAUCGAUAAUGUUAUGUCCAUUUGGCCAUCAUCAAAUUCAUCUGAUAUCUAUUUACUCGGCCUUUUUGGUUAUAUGCCAGAUGCAUCUGAUAAUAACUACCAAGUUCUUCAUUUUCGAGCAAUGUUUAAAGCGGCAGUACUGCUUUCUAAUCAAUAUAAUAUAACAAUAGAUGGAAAAUUGAUCGGAUGGAAAGAAGGACUAACUAUGGGCGAUGUAAUAGUUGCAUUGAAUGAGACAUGCCAUUCAGUAUCUGAAUUAAAUAUAGUUGGUAUUGUUGGUCCACAAUUUUCAAGAGAAACUCUUUUAAUUAGUCCACUUUGUGAAAAGCUUAAUUUACCCGUUAUAUCGUAUUCUGCAACUGAUCCUGAUUUAUCUGAUGCAACAAUUUACCCUAAUUUUUAUCGUACAGUUCCAGCAGAUAAUAUAAUGGCAUUAGCUCUGCUUAAGUUAUUCAACCGAUUUAAUUGGACAUCAUGUUUAAUUAUUUAUCAAAAUGAUGCAUUUGGAUCUGGCGGAGCGAAAGUUAUUAAUGAUUUAUUUAAUGCAAGCAAUAUAAAAGUAGUACAAAUGAUCAUGUAUGAUAUUGCCAAAAAAAGUAUUCGUGGCGAUUUGAAGACUUAUCUAAUGAAUAGUCCAUCAAGAAUUGUUAUUUUAUGGGCUGACCCAAUCUACACAUCAUCAAUAGUGCAAAAUGCUCUCGAUUCUAAUGUUGUUGGUCCACUUUUUACAUGGAUAAUUACUUCACAGAUUUUAUUGAAUUCCUUCGAUGAAAGGUAUCAUCAAAAUUUAGUUGGAAUGCUUUUAAUCGAACCAGUUGUUGCACCAGUUGUUGGUGCACCAUAUAAUACUGAAUUAUUAAAUGCAGCAUAUAAUAUAUGGCAAACAUAUGAAAAUGAAACAUUUCCUGGAUCAACAAAUGUUAAUGAUUAUGCAUUAUUUUCAUUUGAUGCAACAUGGGCAUUUAUUAAAUCCUUAGAAGAAUUGUGUUCAUCAAAAAAAAAUAAUUCUUCUUCAUCAUGUUUAUCAUUUAACACAUCUUCAUUCUGUUUUAAUUUUCGUUUCAAUCAGUAUGAUUCAUUGGUAUCAAUACUUGCUAGAACAAACUUUCUUGGUGUAUCCGGUUUUGUGGGAUUUAGCAAUAAUACUACAGAUCGAACAAAUGGUUCAUAUUAUAUUUUAAGAAACGUUCAAGCAUCUGCAAAUGAAAAUUCUAUUAUAUGGCCAGGAAACUCCUUAACACCAUCUGUUAAUCGAGCGCUUCUUCGAGGUGUAAGUUUAAGAAUUGGAAUAGCCGAGUUAUCUCCAUUUACAAUGGUUCAGAAUGUAACAGAUGAUAACGGACAAAGUACAAUACAAUAUACUGGCUAUGCGAUUGAUCUUUUACAGCUUUUAAUGGAUCAACUUGGUUUCAAAGCAACUCUUCUAUUAAAACCAUCAGAUCAAACAUAUAACGAAUUCGUUCGGGCAGUAAGUGAGGGUGUUUAUGACAUUAUCAUUGGUGCUAUUACUGUUACUUCUCCAAGAAGAGAAAUAGUUGGUUUUUCUAGUGCUAUAUAUGAUAAUUCUCUACGUACUAUCGUGAGACAAGUAAACGGUCCUGGUAUCGAUUUAUUUGCAUUCUUAAAACCAUUUUCACGUAGAUUAUGGAUAUUAGUUCUAGGAACUUGUAUUUAUGCAGGUAUUUUAAUAUUUCUUAUAGAAAGAAGAAAGAACGAAGAUUUACAAAAUCGAUCAAUUCCAUCUCAAUUAAUAAUGAGCAUAUGGUAUUGUUUUGGUAAUAUGUUUGGAUACGGUAUAGAGUUUAAUACACGUACAGCUGGUGGACGUCUUUUAACUGCUGGGCUCUAUAUAUUAAGUUUAAUACUAGUAGCAUCAUAUACUGCUAAUUUAGCAUCAGAUCUAACUAUAGCGAGAUCACAGUUUGUUAUAUCAGGAAUAAAUGAUGUUAAAAAUGGAAAAGUACCAAUAAAUCGUGUUGGCAUUUUGGCCGAUUCAGCUAUAGAAAACUAUAUUAAAGCAGUGAUGCCUGCAGGAAACGAAGGAUUGGUUGAAAAUGCCCUCAAUACUAUUUAUUGUAAUUUAACUGAAGUUGGCGUUAGUUUUGCUGAAAGUUCUUAUGCCAUUGUUACUCCUAAAGAAUGGUUAUAUACACCAGAUUUAGAUGUUAGUAUAUUAUCACUUAGAGAAUCAGGUAAAAUUGAUGAUUUGAAACAAAAAUGGUUGCAAGCACGAACUUGUCCUGAUUCAACGCUUACAUCAACAUCCUUGGACAUCAAAGCACUUAGUGGAUUGUUUGCUAUUUUUGUAGUUAUUACUGCUCUAUCAUUAUUAUUAUUUUUAUGGACUGAAAGACGUAAUAUUAAAAAAUAUUUAUUACAAUUUAUAUACAAAAAAGAUUCAUUAGCCGAAGGAAGACACUCUACAACAAGAAAUUCAAACAGAAAUUAUGAACACGAACAAAAUCUUGAAACAAUUUCGGUGGUUAUUCACAAUUUUUGA